UGCAUUCUCAAUGGUUCAACACUGGGUUUCCUACAUCACGUGACCCCAGGGCUGCUAAUCACUUCCUUUUUCCGGUGCCCUUGGGUUUGCGUUGGAGGAAAGAAGAAGGAAAAGGGGGAGAAGUGACUGCAGUCAAGAUGCUGCGGCACGUUUUGGCUCUUCGAAAUGUUUCCCAGCGAACAAUAAGUACUGCCCCAUGCAGGCAGAUUCGAAACAGGGUUCCAGAGCUCCAGAAAAUUUUCCAGGAGGAUAACGGCCUUCCUGUACACCUCAAAGGUGGAAUAGCAGAUGUACUGCUGUAUCGAGCAACCAUGACUCUUUCAGUUUUGGGAACAGUCUACGUCGUUUAUGAACUCUUCAUGGCUGCUAUGCCUAAGAAGCAGAAAUGACUCCAGUUAACAAGGUUCCUCCUGGAGUAGCUUUGCUCUGUCCUAUUCCAUUACACUCUUCAGGGACCUUCUUUGUCCUUGUCCUAUAUGAUUGAUGUAUCUGGGAUCAAUAUUUAUUGAGUUGUACUAUUGACAACCAGUUAAUAAAACAGUUUUACAUUGCUGUGA